CUUGACUUGGCUUGACCCCAGCGCACUUCUUUCUUUCCUCCACUUCCUUCCCCAAACCUCCAGAAUCGACCUCGGAAUAGACUCAUUGUGCAUAUCUACUCUGGGAUACGACAAACGAUACAACGAAAGACGCUCGAAUUUUCUACCGAAUACGCGGCUAUCGACCUGUGAUUGUCAUUAUUGAUUGAGUCAUCUUCAGCCGUUGCAAAUUUCAGACCCCGCCCAUAGGCUGAGCCGUUUCCGGACCUGACGUUGAAACAUUAAACCAUCGCCGAUUGACUAAAGGCACGACAAAGAAAGGCAGUUACUGCUUUGAAAAUCAAUUGAAGGAGGAAUUACUGGCCUUGUUUUAAUCCAUCAAAAUGUCAAACUUCAACGGCCGCCGCGGCCCCAACGUGUCGCAGUAUCUCCGCGACCUCAACGCCAUCAACCGUCAGGAGAAUGCUCACGACGAGCCUUUCAACAUGGAGGAGGACCUCGCUCUCUUUACCAACACUCAAUUCUUUGAUUUUGAGACUGGCCAGAACACCGACUACCAGGCCCAUCCUGCCAAGGUCGACUUGGAGGCUUCCCAAAGCACUUCUCCCUCGGAUGGAAUGACCCCGGCUCCCUCUGUCGUGGGUGAUAUCGCUGCUGGCAACUUUGAUUUCAUGCAGGGCGACUUCAACUUCCCCGACUUUGCUGGCCCUUAUCCAUCAACCCCCAUGACCGCCUUUGCCGAUGGCGCUCAGAACUUUGCUCCUCUGCAGCCCAAUGCUCCUACCAACUACCAGCCUGUGCCACAGCAGCGGCAGGCUCCCCAAUUUGCUCAGCCAGCUGCACCUCAGCCUUCGCUCGAGAAGCGCAACUCUGAGAGUGCCGGCAGUUCCGGACGCGGAUCCCUGAACUUUGAAGAAGCAUCCCGCCAUGCUGCUGAGGAGGACAAGCGAAGGCGCAACACUGCCGCCAGUGCUCGCUUCCGCAUCAAGAAGAAGCAGCGCGAGCAAGCUCUCGAGAAGUCCGCCAAGGAGAUGUCUGAAAAGGUGUCUGUCCUGGAGAGCAAGGUGUCACAACUCGAGACCGAGAACAAGUGGCUCAAGAACCUCUUGGUUGACAAGAACGAGGGCAACGACGAGAUCAUUGCUCUCUGGAAAGAGUUUGCCGCAUCCAAAACCGCUAACAAGCCCGAGUUAAAAGCCAAGUCCUCCGUCAAGGAUGAGACAAGGUGAUCCGACAAAUCUAUAAAAGUGAAGCAAAAUCUUGGGACGACCUUUAAUGAAGAAGGCCGACGGCGUUUCUUCUGGCUCGGUUUGCAUCUAGUGGGGACUAUGUGGCGUUAUUUCUGAUCUUUUCAACAAUAUCUGGGGGUACAAGGAGCAUGAUGAUGAUACAUUGGGUGCGGCCAUCAAGGUUGCCCGGCACGGCACAUACGCAACGUAAAAAAUUCUCGGGGGUAUAGCGAUGGUGGCGAGAGCAUGAUGGGUAUAAAUAUACGGUUGCUUGAAGUAAUCGAUAGAGACCAGUCCCUGGGUCCGGACGACACGACAGACUGGGUGGAGGUUUUUGUUUUGCUUGUCAUGAUAUCAACGGUUAUACGAUAAAUCGUUUCCGUAACUAGUUUCUUAUUCCAUGUUCAACACUCUUUGGUCCGAAG